AGCAGGGAGCGGACGGGAGCGCGCAGCCCCAGCACCAUGUCCGUCAGCAGCCACGAGAAUCGGAAGUCCCGCUCGAGCUCGGGCUCCAUGAACAUUCAGCUCUUCCACAAGCCGGGCCACGCCGACAGCCUCCUGACGCAGCUGAACCUGCUCCGCAAGCGGCGGCUCUUCACCGACGUGGUGCUGCGUGCCGGGCACCAGGCCUUCCCCUGCCACCGUGCCGUGCUGGCCGCCUGCAGCCGCUACUUCGACGCUAUGUUCAGCGGUGGCCUCAAAGAGAGCAGAGACGCUGAAGUCAACUUCCACGACUCCCUGCAUCCCGAGGUGCUGGAGCUGCUGCUGGACUAUGCCUACUCUGCCCGGGUGCUGAUUAACGAGGAGAACGCGGAGUCCCUGCUGGAGGCUGGGGACAUGCUGCAGUUCCAGGACAUUCGGGAUGCUUCGGCUGACUUUCUGGAGAAGAACCUCUGCCCUGGGAACUGUCUGAACAUGCUGCUGCUGUCCGACGCCCACUGCUGCGAGCGGCUGCUGGAGCUGUCCUGGAGGAUGGCGUUGGCCAACUUCACCUCACUCUGCAAGACCGAAGACUUCCUCCGUCUGCCCAAGGACAAGCUGCUGGAGCUGGUGGAGAGCGAAGAGCUGGAGGUGGAGGACGAGACGCUGGUCUACGAAGCUGUUAUGGGUUGGAUCCGCUACGAUUUGCCUCGGCGCCAUGAGGAUCUGCCAGAGCUGUUGCGCUCGGUCCGCCUGGCCCUGCUGCCCGAGGCCUACCUGCGGACACAGGUGGCCUGCGAGAAGCUGGUGACCAGCCACAAGCUGGGGGGGGAGAUCGUGGCUGAUGCCGUGCGCUGCAAGAUGAAGAUCCUGCAAAACGAUGGCCUUGUGACCGGGUGCUGCGCCCGGCCCCGCAAGGUCAGCCAGGCCCUCCUGCUGCUGGGGGGCCAGACCUUCAUGUGCGACAAGAUCUACGUCCUGGACCAGAAAUCCAGCGAGAUCAUUCCUGGUGCUGACAUCCCCAGCCCCCGCAAGGAGUGCAGCGCCUGCGCCAUCGGCUGCAAGGUUUACAUCACCGGUGGCAAGGGCUCUGAGCACGGUGCUUCCAGGGAUGUCUGGGUGUACGACACCCUGCACGACGAGUGGGCCAAGGCUGCCCCUAUGCUGGUGGCGCGGUUCGGCCACGGCUCCGCUGAGCUGGACCACUGCCUGUACGUGGUGGGAGGUCACACGGCCGUGAGCGGAGCCUUCCCGGCCUCCCCCUCCGUCUCCCUCAAGCAGGUGGAGCACUACGACCCACAGCUGGACAAAUGGUCCCUGGUGGCUCCGCUGCGAGAAGGUGUGAGCAACGCCGCCGUGGUGGGAGCCAAGAUGAAGCUGUUUGUGUUUGGGGGCACCAGUGCCAACCAGGAGAAGCUGCCCAAGGUGCAGUGCUUCGACCCCUGCCAGAACCGCUGGACGGUGCCCACCAGCUGCCCCCAGCCCUGGCGGUACACAGCUGCUGCCGUGGUGGGCAGCCACAUCAUCGUCAUUGGUGGGGACACGGAGUUCUCUGCCAGCUCUGCCUACCGCUUCCACAGUGACACCUACCAGUGGUCCAAGUUCGGGGACGUCACUGCCAAGCGCAUCAGCUGCCGUGCUGUGGCCUCGGGGAACAGACUCUACGUGGUGGGAGGCUACUGCGGGGCGCAGCGCUGCAAGACGCUGGACUGCUACGACCCUGCGUCUGACACCUGGAGCAGCGUCACCACUGUGCCUUACUCCCUCAUCCCCACCGCCUUUGUCAGCACCUGGAGGUACCUCUCUGCCUGAGCCCCGGGGUGGGCAGGCACCUGCAAGGUGAAGAAGUUGCCUGUAACUUUGUGCUGCACAAGCAUUAAACCCUGAGGGGAGGUGCAGGUGGAGCUGGCCUGGAGUUGUCCUAAGGAGCAGCCUUAUGUCAACAGCAGCUCCAGAGAUGUGCUUCCAGGCCACUGGUGCGGGACUGAAAACCCUGCAAGGAGAGAGAACUUCUCUUUAGGUGCUGAACUGCUGCGGGGAGAUCCUCAGUAUAAAUAUCAGGAGCCUGAAGCUGGCAUCCCAGCCCUCCACUGAGCCUUGGUCUGCGCAGAGUCUGGGAAUGCUGAGGGGGAUUGGAUGUCCUCCCUGCUGCAGCAGGCUGGGGGUUCAGGGCUCUGGCUGGCAGGCUGUCUGCAGGAGCAGGGACAGACUGCGUGGUGCCAUGGGGGACUGGCUGCUGGUUUUAGCACAGCCUGCUCCUGGUGCCAUGGGUAAGCUGCUGGGGGAACCCAGAGCUCUUGUGGGACGUGAGGGCUGCGAGCUGGUGCCAGAACAAGAUUAUAGCUAGGAUUUGGUCCCAGAAUGGUUGGUAAUUGCUUUUGUAAGACAAGCCCUGUCUGCAUAUAAACACAGGGUUUCUCUGCUUCUAAUUAUUCUCUGGUGUCCCUUUCAGGCCCUUUUUUUUCCCUGCUACACACCAAUUAACUCCUUUACAAUUUGCAGCUGUAAUGAAACCUUUCUAAAGGCUCUUGGCAGCGAAGGUGCCAGUGGAUCACAGAUCCCAGC